AUGUCCCGGCGGCCUGCUGCAGGCGCUGACAGAGCCACUCAAAAUGCACAAACCUUGAAGGCUCUUGUCAAACUCGAGGGUAACAAAGUCUGCGCAGACUGCAAGCGGAACAAGCAUCCACGAUGGGCGAGUUGGAAUCUAGGCGUAUUUGUCUGCAUCCGCUGCUCUGGCAUUCAUCGUGGAAUGGGUACUCAUAUCAGCAGAGUCAAAUCUGUUGACCUCGACGCGUGGACCGAUGAACAGCUUCAGAGUAUAUUACGGUGGGGUAAUACAAGAGCCAACAAAUACUGGGAAGCCAAACUGGCACCGGGCCAUCAACCCUCUGAGGCUAAGAUUGAGAACUUUAUUCGAACCAAAUACGAGUCCAAGAGAUGGGUCAUGGAUGGGCCGAUGCCUGAUCCAGCAACACUGGAUGCUGACGGAGAUGACAACGUCCCUCUUAGCAUUGUCCAAGAAAAGGCCAAAAUUGAAAGGUCAGCGUCUCAGCGUCAUGCAGCAACCCAGCAAAUGAGGCCACAGCCAUCACCAGCGCCUACGGCGAACGUAAACUUGUUCGACGAUUUUGGUCCAACUCCUCCACCAGUGAGGCCAAGCACUGCAGACAUCCCCAACGCCCGACCAACCCAGACAGCACCACCCGCUCCAAAGCCAGCUCCAAAGCCGCAGGACUCUCUCCUCGGAUUGGAUUUCUUUGGAAGCGCACCACCCGCUGGUGUUGCUAGACCUUCCAGUGCUGCUGCCACUGCAGGCGCAGCAGCGAACUCGAGAGGUGAUUUGAAAAGUUCCAUUCUCUCGCUGUAUGCGAGCGCGCCAAAGCCUCAGCCGGCAGCUCAGCCCCAGCAUGCAAGCGAGCCAUCUUUGGGUGGGACGACAUCAACCGCACCACCUCGAAAGCAAGACGCGUUUGGAGGUCUCGCGGACGCGUUCAGUGGUUUAAGUUUCCCCAGUAGCAAUGCAUCACAAGCCUCGUCUGCGUUCUCUGGGUUCAAUAACUUUACGAGUCAGGUUCCGGCAAAGGCGACUCCUUCUGCACCACAAGUCACUUCCCCUCCUCCUUUGAGUGGUGGAAGCUUUUUCGACAGUCUGGCCUCGAAGGCGCCAGCUCCCAAAGCCAACGUCACCUCGCCUUCAAGCUCGAAUGGGUUGGACUUCUCCUUUGCAUCGAAUAUCAAACCUGCUUCACCUCCGCCACCAAAACCUGCACCAAAGCCUGUGGCGGCAUCUAUACCACAGGAUUUGUUUGCGAAUGACGAUUUUGGUGGAUUUGCCAGCUCUACACCAGUCUCUCCUCCCAAGCCAAUCCCAACAAAAGUGACAUCACCAAUUACCAGCAGUAGCAGCAAUACCUUCAACUCGGCGUUUAACCUAUCUUCACAACCAGCACCAUCAACUGCCCCGACUAAAGCACCCGCCGCCGUUCCGACCAACUCAGCUCUAUUUGAUCCGUGGGGUUCGUCAGGCAAUGAUACCAGUCCCUGGGGUGCACCAGAGCCCACGCCGGCGCCCGCGCAAACACAAGCGGCGCUGUCAAGGGUGGAACUGGGAAGGCCACCAGCACAUAUCACUCCUAAUGACAUCUCAGGAGGAUGGGGAGAACCAAUAUCGGCAAGGAGCAACAAGCCGGCACAGCAACCUACCGUAGCAGCGGAUGAAGACUUUGGUGGAUGGACAUCGGCUUCGACAUCACAAACACCAGUGACCGGCCCUCCCAAGGCAAGUGGUGGAUUUGGUGGGGGAAGUGAUCCGUUCGACAAUCCUUGGGGUUAA